AUGAAACUGCACUUGAAGCAAUGGAGACAACGGAUGCUCUUCGGGAUAUUUGUUUGGGGGCUCCUCUUUUUGGUGAUUUUCAUCUACUUCACCGACAGCAGCCCUGCUGCACCCGUACCGAGCUCCGUCUCCUUCCUGGAGACCAGGAGGCUCCUGCCCAUCCAGGGGAAGCAGCGGGCCAUCAUGGGCGCCAUGCACGAGGCCCCCUCGCCCACCAGCACGGGUGUGAACAAGCUCCUGCCCCCGGGACAGCCGGCCGACCUCCUGCACGCGGGACCUGGCGACCCACAGACGUGGGAUGAGUUUGACAAUGAAGAUUUCUUUUCAUCCCAGGUUGGGAGAAAAUCUCAAAGUGCUUUCUACCCGGACGACGACGACUACUUUUUUGCUGCAGAUCGGCCAGAGUGGCACGCUCAGGGGAUGUUGGGAUUCCCUGCCCCCCUGCAGCCGGGCCAGCGGGAGGGGACUUUGCCGGCCGGGCAGGUGCAGAGAAGGCGGAUGAAGAGGCACCCGAGACCGAGAAGGAGCCACGUGCCGAAGGAGGGCGACGACGGGGACAGGCUGUACUCAUCCAUGUCCAGGGCCUUCCUGUACCGGCUCUGGAAGGGCAACGUCUCCUCCAGAAUGCUGAACCCGCGCCUGCAGAAGGCCAUGAAGGACUACCUGAGCGCCAACAAGCACGGCGUGCGCUUCCGCGGGCCGCGGGCGGCGGCGCGGGGCCGGGCCGAGCUGCUGUGCGCGCUGCGGCGGCGGGCGCGCGUGCGGACGCUGGACGGCACCGAGGCGCCCUUCUCGGCGCUGGGCUGGCGGCGGCUGGUGCCCGCCGUGCCCCUCGGCCGGCUGCGCCCCCGCGGCGGCCUGCGCAGCUGCGCCGUCGUCAUGUCGGCGGGCGCCAUCCUCAACUCCUCCCUGGGCGAGGAAAUAGAUUCUCAUGAUGCAGUUUUGAGAUUUAACUCUGCUCCUACGCGUGGUUAUGAGAAAGAUGUUGGAAAUAAAACCACCAUGCGCAUCAUUAAUUCCCAGAUUCUGACCAACCCCAACCAUCACUUCAUGGACAGUUCUUUGUAUAAAGAUGUUAUUUUGGUGGCCUGGGACCCUGCUCCUUAUUCUGCAAAUCUUAACCUGUGGUACAAGAAGCCAGAUUACAACCUGUUCACUCCAUAUAUUCAGCAUCGUCAGAGAAACCCAAAUCAGCCAUUUUACAUUCUUCAUCCUAAGUUUAUAUGGCAACUGUGGGACAUUAUCCAGGAGAACACUAAGGAGAAGAUUCAGCCAAACCCACCAUCUUCUGGUUUCAUUGGAAUCCUCAUCAUGAUGUCCAUGUGCAGAGAGGUGCACGUGUAUGAAUACAUCCCGUCCGUCCGGCAGACGGAGCUUUGCCACUACCACGAGCUGUACUAUGAUGCCGCCUGCACCCUGGGUGCCUACCACCCGCUGCUCUACGAGAAGCUGCUGGUGCAGCGCCUGAACACGGGCACCCAGGCAGAUUUGCAUCGCAAGGGCAAGGUGGUCCUGCCAGGCUUCCAGACCCUGCACUGCCCUGCUCCAAGCCCCGCGGGUCCACACUCUUAG